AUGAACAACCAAGAAUUCCGAAAACUUCUCCUCUCCAAGUCCUCCUCCUCCACCAACAACAACAAUGACACCUCCUCCCCACCACCACCACCACCACCAUCCCGCCCAGCAGCAGCAGCCGCGCUCGGCUCCAGACUCAAAUCCAGCAUCCCCAUGACCCCCCGAUCAACAGGUCGAGUCGACUUCGCAAGGCAACUAGCAGAGCAAAAAAACAAGCAGUUCGAAAAGACAGCCAAACGAUUCCGGACCUCGGCCCCGAAAGGGUCCCGGUUCGCAGAGGGCUACGUUGACCGCGCCAGGCAGAGGGAGCAAGAAGAGGAGGAUGAGAGAGCGGAACGAUUGAAGGCGUUGGAGGAGGCUUUCAAAAAGGAGGAGAUCGACCGGGAGACGUACGACCGGAUGCGCAGUCAGAUUGCGGGGGGUGACUUGGCGAGUACGCAUCUUGUCAAGGGGCUUGAUUUUGCUUUGUUGAGGAGGGUGAAGCAGGGGGAGGAUGUCUGGAGUGGGAAGAAGGCAGGCGAGGAUGAGCGUGGGGAAGAGGGGGAGGUGGAGGAGGAUGUGGACGGUGUCCUGGAGAAAUUGGCUGAUGCUGAAGUCAAGGCUGUGACCAGGGAAAAGGUGCGGAAGAAGGGGCAGUUUGCGACUGCUGCGUUGAAUCCAGGGCAGAAGAGGUCGAGGAAUCAGCUACUGGCUGAGUUGAAGGCGGCAAGGGAAGCGGCCAAGGCGAAGGAGGAGUCGGGUCUGGGGUCCAAGUUCAAGAAGAUUGGUGCGAAAAAGACGCCGGGGACGAGGAUAGAAAAGGAUAGCAUGGGUCGGGAGGUUCAGAUCACUGUUGACGAGGACGGCCAUGAGGUGCGAAAGAUUCGGAAGGUGGACCACAAACUAUUAGAGGAGGAACAAGACAGGGAAGCGGCCGCGCUGGCAUCUCGCGGCGUGCUUGGUAUGGAGGUGCCAGAGUUCUACAGGAAACAGCAGGAGGAAGCCGAGAGGGCGGCAAAGGAAGAGGAGGAGAGCAAGGAGAUCAGCAUCUUUGAUGACGCGGGCUCCGAUUACGACCCAUUACUGCGCUCGAAGACUCGGACUCGUCAUCUGAUGAGGAUAAGAAGGCGAGAUCAGACUCGGCAGCUGUGCCACCACCACCGAAACCUAGCUCCGGCCCUCCAGAGGAGAGAGAUUAUUUCAAGAAUUUCAGAGGAGGAAAGGUGGAUCUUUCGACGGGCCAAACAUACAAGGCGCCGUCUUUGGAUGAUCCCUUGCUGCAGGCGGCACUCAAGAAGGCAAAGGCAAAUGGCGCACUGGAGAAAUCAGAGGAGGAGAUCAAGGCCAAAGAGCGGGAAGAGAGGCUCAAGAAGAAGCUGCAGGAGUCGUUGCGCGAUGAUGAGGAUAUGGACAUGGGAUUUGGGUCAAGCAGACUGGAGGAUGAUGCUGACUUUGAGGAGAAAAAGGUGA